AUGCAGCAAGAUUGGCUCACUACCAGAGAAGUGCACGUGGCCACUGAGCGUCGACUGAAGUACCAAGAUACCGCCAGGACUUGGAAGGAAGACGGCUGCCGGAGGCUAGAUGUCGAGAACUAUAUCCCGGCCCUGGCCUCCAGCGAAGCCAUCUCUCAAGCAUUAGCCAGAAUUGAGAUGACCCCCGAAUGGUGGUGGGUCGUGGAUAUCUAUCUGGAUGAUGUUGACGAUGCUCUAAGGGAUCACCUAGUUGAAGAGUACGAUCUUAACCGAGAACAUGCAGAUGGGUAUACCUAUCGCAAAAUCCGUCAAUUUGACGAUGACCAUUAUAUUGGGACAAGGUGGAAGGCCCAUUUAUCAUCAUUCAAUCGCCAACGCUGGGAGCAAAUUCUACUGGAUAUCCCAGGUCUCUGGAUGGACGGGAUGAGGCUGAGUAUGGUAUAUAGACUAGUCGCAAUCAGUUGCCCGGAGAAUAUUUGUGCUUACUUGAACCGUGUCCAUCGCUUCUGGUCUUCACUGGUUAAUGAUGACACAAACGCAAAGAAAUGUAUCGAUCAGAAAUCAAUUAAGAAGCUUGAAUUACUCGCGUCCGGCACAUCUCCCGAUGAUGCUAAGUCAGCACAACAAAUGAUUUUGACUGGUCUCAUACCUUCACUGCGCACAUUUUUUGAGGAUUUUAAGUACCUGGAAAGUUGUGCCUACUGCCUCAAGCGACUGGUAGAUACUAUAAACGAUUAUCUUAUUCAAUUUGCCGAGUACGAGUAUCGGAAAGUGCACAUGAAACAGAACCAUCAUUUAGCCAAACCAAAACUUGCUCCAGCCGACCAGCACGCCAUCUAUAACAUGGCUCAGCUUGCCCAUCGUUUAGGUUUCAGAUCAACCGAGAUUAACACAAUAAUUAAUGCCUCCCCGGACCACCAAAUCGCGCGUACCGCAUUACUUCAAGCUCAGAAACCUGACCGGUAUCGUUACGAUGCUGACACUUUUGAGACCCUGAUUGAUCGACUUGGAAAUGUUUUGCGGCCGCUAGACCUGCUUGCGAGACUGCAACACAACCUACUUUAA